ACAGUUGGUCUGGCAGGUAGGUCAAUGACGUCAUUCUCAGAUUUCCUUCAUAUAAAGGGGAAUGGGGUUCCACAAAUCCAGUUUUCAUUUUGAAUCAACAUGGUUGGAUCGACGUGGAUAGUUUUCGCAGGAUGUUAUAUCACUGCAGUUCUCUCAAUAUCAAUUGUUAAGAGACAAGUGGAUGGUCAAAAUGACGCAGAGUUGUGCAAAGAGAGAUCACCCAGUGAAUAUUUUCGUCUGACAGCUGACGAUGACUGCCGAGACGUAGUCAGGUGCUCUGUCCAGGGUCUCCUAGCUCUUAGGUGUCCUUCUGGUCUUGCUUUUGACAUCGAAAAGCAGACUUGCGACUGGAAGAAUAAUGUCAAAAAUUGCGAACAGUUAGAAAAACCUCGCUUGGCAACACCUCUUCUAGCAACUGAUGAACCACUAUGUGAAACUGGAAAACUUGCCUGCGGUAAUGGAGAUUGCAUUGAAAGGGAAUUAUUCUGUAAUGGAUUACCAGACUGCAGUGAUGGAUCGGAUGAAAACGCUUGCACUGUUGACCGGGAUCCUAACAGGGCCCCUCCAUGUGACCCAAGCCAAUGUGCCCUCCCAGAUUGUUAUUGCUCCCCAGAUGGAACACAGAUCCCAGGAAGACUGGAACCCAACACAGUGCCACAAAUGAUUACCAUUACCUUCGACGAUGCCGUCAACAAUAAUAACAUUAUUGUGUACGAAAGAAUCUUCAAAGAUGGCAGAAACAAUCCAAAUGGUUGUUCCGCCAAGGGUACUUUCUUCGUUUCUCACAAAUACACCAAUUAUUCUGCCGUACAAGAGUUGCACAGAAAAGGUCACGAAAUUGCUGCACAUUCCAUCACACAUAGAAACAUUGAAAAAUACUGGACUGACGCCAGCUUAGACACAUGGGCAAAAGAAAUGGCUGGAGUUAGGCUUAUACUGGAACGUUUUGGAAACAUUACAGAUAAUUCCAUUGUGGGUGUACGUUCACCAUACUUAAGAGUCGGAGGAAACAGUCAAUUCUCAAUGAUGGAGGAACAGGCAUUCUUAUACGAUUCAACCCUUACUGCACCUCUUAGCAAUCCUCCCCUCUGGCCUUACACUUUGUACUUCAGAAUGCCUCACAAAUGCCAUGGUAACGGACAAAACUGCCCAACCAGAUCUCAUGCUGUGUGGGAAAUGGUAAUGAAUGAAUUAGAUCGAAGAGAUGAUCCAAACUUUGACGAAGAACUCGCUGGCUGUGCCAUGGUUGACAGUUGUAGCAAUAUCAUUUCUGGAGAACAGUUUUAUAAUUUCUUAAACCACAACUUUGAAAGGCAUUACAAAACCAACAGAGCACCUUUAGGUCUCUAUUUCCAUGCUGGAUGGUUGAGACUCAACCAAGAUUACUUAGAUGCCCUCGUCCAAUGGAUGGACGAAAUUUUAGGCAGGAACGAUGUCUACUUCGUCACCAUGACACAAGUUCUUCAAUGGAUGCAAUCACCUGCCGAGCUAUCAUCCAUCCGAGAUUUCGCACCAUGGAAAGAAAAGUGCGACGUCAAAGGUCAAGCCUUCUGCUCUCACGCCAACGCAUGUCCCUUGACCACUAGGGAGCUUCCAGGAGAAACCAUCCGCCUACACACAUGCAUGGAAUGUCCACAGAACUAUCCAUGGAUAGAAGAUCCAACUGGUGAUUACUUCGCCUUCAAGAAGAAAUGAGCACGUGUUGAGUCAAGACACACGACAGAGACAUUAUCAUAAAAUGGAAUUGUCCGAUAUGUCCUACACUUAAAUAUGUGGUUGUAGGGCGAUAUAUCAUACACUCUAAAAUUGUCUUAGGCUAAAAAAAUGGAAGUGGAUGAUAGUGAAAAUUAACCAUCAUCCUUUCCAUUGAAAUCUACAGCUAAAAUUUGGUACUUAUCAUAGUAGUAGUUAGAGGGUAUUUUUCAUUAAUUUUAAACAUUUUGUUAUAACUUACCAUUCAUAGUUAUAGCCAUAAUUAGAUAUAAAUCUGCCAAAAUAAAUCAUCAUUUACCACAAACUUGUAAAUAAACAUUUGCAGCUGAGCAAUAGCAAUGUUUGUUUUAUUACCUUUUUUAGAAGACUAAAGUAAAACUUUAGUGUUUUAUGACGAAAAAAAUCGUGAUAAUUUUUUUUUAUCGCUGAUGCUGUGAUCAUUAUAUUAAUUUUCAGCUCAAUUAGUCACAGCUCUGAUUUUUCUUUUUUUUUUUUUAAUUUGGAUUUGAAUGUGUAAUUUCACUCAUUAACAAAUAUUUGGGUAAAGUAUGCUUUUCAUGUCAUAAAAGGAUCUUAAUGAUCAUGUUUUCAUUCCACAUAUUUAUUAGAAAAAUCUCUAAGAAAAAAAAAUAGCAUGAGUCAUGUACAUAUUUGACAACUGUUCCUAAAUUUUAAACAUGUAAAUAAGCUGUGGCUUUUAUUGUACUGAAAUAAAUUGUAUUUUCAUACGAA